CAUCAUCAAGCAGUUGAAUGUGAAUUGUUUAUUUUUUGGUUGGAAAUCAACGGUGAUGAGGAAUCUUCCAUAGAAAUAUUUGGUGUCGUAUAUUUUCAGUGUACCCCACAAAAGUUUACUGAUAUGCCGCAUCUCUACGAAGUCCUGAAGAGCUAUGUUUUCCUGGAGAAAAUAAUUUUCGCCACUUUUUUGAGGAAAAAUUGUUGUUCACCAAACCAUUUAUGAACUGGACAUUUUGACUUGGAAUUGACUGCUACUUUAUUUUGUCAUUGCCUUUUUCAUGUCAGAUUGGCUGUGAUCGGAGCAAUCAGCUAAUCGAUAUCUGCAGGGUUGGUGGUCUUGAGGGGUUAGUUUGCGACUCAUUGGCUCUACCCUUUGGCAAUGAUAGGAUGAGUGCUUGUAUCUGUAUUGCUGUCAUCCACCACAUGUCAACAAGGGUAUCAAAGACGCACGACUGGCACCGUACCUCCACCCUGCAACCCCCACACCAGAGUACCCUUCUGUGACCGCAGCCUAUCUCGCUCGCAGACUCCAGGCUCUAAGAGAAAUUAGCCGUGUGUUGAGUCCCGGAGGAAUGGCUCUUAUUACUGUCUGGGCAAUGGAACAAGAGCACAAAAGAGAGAAAUCCAAGUACAUUUCAAAGAAAGGAGAUACUAUUAAAAAUACCCUGAAUUCUGCAUCAUGGGAUAGGGGUGAUUUGACAGAUGAAACGAGAAGAUUGGAUGAAGAUGAAGGAAGCAAGGAAUGUGAUCCACCUAAUAAGUCACAUGCAGACAAGCCAAUGGAUGAAAAGAAAAUAUACUCAGUUAGGGAAAGUAACAUGCAGUGUAACCAAUCUCCUGUAGAUGGAAAACUACAUGGCCCAGGUCAGUUUGACACUGGUCAAUGUGACAUGGGUCAGUGUGACACUGGUCAUUAUGACACUGGACUAUGUGACACUGGUCUAUACGAAGGAUAUAGCACUGAUGGUCACAUAGAUAAUGGUAAUUGUGAUGUCAGGAGUGGAAAAGAUCACAGUAUGGGUGACAGUAGAAGGGUCUGCAAUAAAAGUGUAAUAUCUUCAGAAACAAAUAAGUUAACCAUUUACAUUGCAGAUCAUAACCAAACCUGCCAACAGGAUGCUAAUGGUGCCAAGAGUUCACCAGGAGAUACUAUUAUUGUCCACAAGAAUAGAACUCAGUUUGAGCAGCAGGAUUUACUGGUCCCUUGGCACCUGAAAGGCCAAUCACUGAAGACUCCUGGACGCCUGAAUGAUAAUUCUAAGAGCAUUGAUAAGGAGGUGUUCUUUCGGUUCUAUCAUGUGUUUGUUGAAGGUGAAAUGGAAGAGUUAUGUCAAACUAUUAAGGAUGUUAGAGUGAUUGAAACAUAUUAUGAUCAAGGCAAUUGGUGUGUUGUAUUUCAGAAAUUAUAACAAAUGCCUCUUUUGUAAUUGUUAGAUAUAUUUUUUUAGAGAGAGCAGAAGCAUUUAGAUCAGCUAUUUUACUAAAGUUUGAUACAAAACCAUGUGGAUGAUUUUCUCAUCCUUGAUAUAUAAGAAACUGUCAAGGUGAUUAUGGUAAUAAUAGUCAUGUAAUCGAGUGAUUAUGAUAAUAAUAGUUACAUUUAUAUAGCUUUUCAUACUCUGUGUUUCAAAGCAUCUUACAUUUUAAUUGCUAUUACUCCAGUCAUUGGAUCCAUCAGUGUUCCUCUCAUAAAUUGCACCGUCUCCACUCACUAGGGAGAAUCCUGGCCAGGCAACUGUUUUUGCACAUAUGCCAAUCUAAUCACAUUGAAGUUCAUUUACUCAGUGCCACAAAUAUGUUUCAGAGUACGAGAUGUCUACCAGACCACACUUUACACAGCUCUUUGUCAAUAAAUGCUUUAUUAAUACAUACAUGGACGUUGGUUUUGAUACUUGACACAGAUUGGGGAAAUAUUUUUUUAGUUCAAAGUUAAAUCUUAAAGUAUUACAUAAAAAUGCAUUUGUCAUUACUAGUGGAAUAUUUAUAGUAUGUACAAGUGUAUAUAGAAUUUUAAAUUUAGUUGUCACUAUUUUCACAUUUUAAGCCUGAAAUCAUUGAUAUUAGUUGUGUAGUUUUCAUACACUGAUUUCCUGUAAUUCUCAUAACAUUAUCUUAAAGGCCAAAAAAAAAAAUUUUUAGAGGCUACUUUUUGAAACUUACUACUUAAAUCUGCAACAUUGGAUAAUAUGCUUUUAAAUGGAUGGGGAUUUUUAGGGCUCCUUUUUUAGUUUCCAGUGCUCUUCUGAGCAUUACAUGGAUGAAAAUCGCCCAGAACCCUUGCAUAGUUUUUCCCCCUGAUUGAGUAAUGUUAUGUAUAACAACACACAAUAUUGGCCAAAACAAUCAAUUGCCCAUUCCAAUUACAUGUACUUCCACAAACUUGCUUAUUUGGAUGAUAUUUCAAUGAGUUUUGUGAUAACAUAGUUAUAUACACAAUAAAAAAAGUAAGUCCCCCCUAAAUCAAAUUGCUGUAACUUUUGAACCGAAUUAGUUUGAGAAAUUAUAUGUCACAGGUGUUUUUCUGCUCUCAUUAAGCAAUUUCUGGGGAAAAAUGAGAUCGAUCGGUUGAGUCAUGCAUGAGUAAUUAAAGAUUGAAUUAAAAAUGACCAUUUUUAAAAGUCACAAGAGUCGUUUUUCAGUUUGUUCAAAUACAAAGUUGUGCAAACGUUGUUUUCAGGUGAAAUUUAUGGUGUUAUGCUGUUUUACUAUCCAUCAUUCAACCACUUCAGACCAGAUUUUGAUAUCGUAUGU